AUGAGUGGCUUGAGUUUCAGGGGCUUCACAUACAUGCUUCUCAUUGCAUUUCUUGUUUGGUCUUCCAAUUUUGAAUCCUGCAUUGCAAGAAGAGGCAAGCAUUGGAGGCAGAGAAGAACUGUCUCAGCUUCUCUUUUUAAUAAGAAAGGAAAGAGUUAUGGCAAUAGUCACAAUCACCAUGGUGGAGGAUCAAAACCAAAGCCACCAACACAUAAAAGUACUCCACCAUUACCAAAGGCUCCACCAUGUAAAAGCACUCCAUCACCACCACCACCACCAAUUCCUAAGCCGAAGGUAUAUACUCCAUCACCUCCGCCACCAAAAGUUUACAAUGGGGGCCAUUCUACCAUCUUUAAUGUGCUAGAUUUUGGAGCUAAGGGAGACAGUCAUAGUGAUGAUACCAAGGCAUUCCAAGCAGCAUGGUCUGCUUCAUGUAAGGUAGAGGCAUCAACCAUGCUCGUCCCAUCGGAUUACGUCUUCUACGUGGGACCUAUUUCCUUCUCGGGCCCAUACUGUAAACCCAACAUUGUUUUUCAGCUUGAUGGUACAAUUAUUGCUCCAAUAGACCCCAAUGCUUGGGGUGAAGGAUCACUACAGUGGUUGGAAUUCACAAAGCUGGUGGGAAUUACCAUUCAAGGAAAGGGUGUAAUUGAUGGAAGAGGCUCAGUCUGGUGGCAAGAUUUCCCAUUUGAUAAUCCCAUAGAUGAUGAAGAAAAGCUCAUAGUCCCAUUAAAUCACACAAAGAGACCACCAGUGCCGAUACAAAGUGAGUUGGGAAGAAAAAUGCCUAGCACCAAACCAACUGCUAUUAGGUUUUAUGGGAGCUUUAAUCCAACAGUCACGGGCAUAACAAUUCAAAAUAGUCCUCAAUGCCACCUUAAGUUUGACAACUGCAAUGGGGUCCUGGUCCAUGAUGUGAGCAUUUCAUCUCCUGGUGACAGCCCUAACACAGAUGGAAUUCACCUUCAGAAUUCCAAAGAUGUAUUGAUUCACAGCAGCAAAUUAGCAUGUGGAGAUGACUGUAUUUCCAUACAAACUGGAUGCUCAAAUGUAUACGUACACACUGUCAACUGUGGGCCAGGACAUGGAAUCAGCAUUGGAAGUUUAGGAAAGGAUAACACCAGAGCCUGUGUCUCAAACAUUACUGUCAGAGAUGUCAACAUGCACAACACAAUGAAUGGUGUCAGAAUCAAAACAUGGCAGGGUGGAUCAGGGUCUGUGCAGGGGGUACUAUUCUCAAAUAUACAAGUUUCUGAAGUCCAGCUUCCUAUUGUGAUUGAUCAAUUCUACUGCGAUAAAAGAACAUGCAUAAACCACACAUCAGCUGUGGCUCUUGCAGGAAUCAACUACGAAAGAAUAAAGGGUACAUACACAGUAAAGCCAGUGCACUUUGCCUGCAGUGAUAGCUUACCAUGUGUAGAUGUUUCUCUAACCUCUGUUGAGUUAAAACCAGUUCAAGAACAAUACCACCUAUAUGAUCCAUUCUGCUGGGAAACUUAUGGUGAAUUAAGAACUCCCACAGUUCCACCAAUUGGUUGUUUACAGAUUGGGAAGCCAUCAAGCAACAGGAUUCAGACCGAUCAUGAUUUGUGUUAAACUAUCAAUCUUAGAUAUGUAAAUUCAAAUGGUUAUUCACCUGGUAAGGUGGAAGCAGUUUUAGAUAUUCCUUCACACUGUUAGCCAGUUAGAUGAAAGCAUGUAUAUUCCAA